GUAGAUGUUGGGAGGGCAGUUCACGCCCCACCACACAUCACAGAAAGAGUGGUGCAACUGUUCAGGAGUAAAAGUGAAUUCACCUUCUUGGCCACCAUCCAGCAGAAGUUCUCCACAUCGGGAGUCAUAUUCUCAAUCCACGAGUCAGAGCACAGUUACUUUGAGCUGGAAAGCAGCGGUGUGAGAGAGGAGAUCCGCUACCACUACCGCUUUAAGGGCAAACCACGAUCCGAGUCAUUCCCCUACCGCCUUGCUGACGGACAGUGGCACAAGAUCGCCCUCACCAUCAGCACCUCCCACCUCCUGCUGCACGUCGACUGCAACAGGAUUUAUGAGCGGGUGAUAGACCCUCCUCAGAUGGAGCUUACCUUAGGCAGUGGAGUGUGGCUAGGCCAACACAGCCACAAGCACGGCUUGUUCAAGGGAGUUAUUCAGGAUGUGAAGCUGAUCUUUGCUCCAAAUGGCUACAUCACACAGUGUCCAAAUCUUAAUCGCACCUGUCCCACCUGCAGCGAUUUCCUGAGCCUGGUGCAGGGCAUCAUGGACCUGCAGGAGCUCCUCGCCAAGAUGACCCUGAAGCUGAACUAUGCAGAGUCUAGACUGACCCAACUGGAGGGGUGUCACUGCGAGAGGACCUGCAGCGCCAACAACCUGGUGUACCGGGACAAAGAGCUGUGGGUGGAGCCGGAAAACUGCAGGAACUGUGCUUGUAAGAACGGUGUGGUGGAGUGUCGCAGGAUCUUCUGUCCUCCAGCAAAUUGCUCAGAUGACAUGCUGCCUGUACAUGUUGAUGGGACUUGCUGUAAAACGUGCCGACCUAAGUGUACCUACAUGGGACAGACGUUUUCAGAGGGUCAACGCUUUCUUUCCAGGACUUGCAGGGAAUGCAAGAACGGCUUGAUGGUGAAAGUUACAGAAACAUGUCCAGAGAUUAACUGCACCACCGGUGAGCAGAUCCUACCAGAGGGCAGAUGCUGCAAUGUUUGCAGAGGUUAUGACUUCUGCGCAGAGGGACUCAUUUGUGGAGAAAACUCGGAGUGUAAAAACAGGAAUACUAAAGCAGAGUGUGAAUGCAAGAGCGGCUAUGCCUCCAUCCACGGGGACUCUACUUAUUGUGAAGAUAUCGAUGAGUGUGCAACACAGAUGCAUUACUGCCAGUCCAACACGAUGUGUGUGAACCUGCCUGGAAGUUAUCGCUGUGACUGCCUGCCGGGUUUCACCAGAGUGGAUGAAUACUCCUGCACCGAGCACGAUGAGUGUGCCAGUGGCCAAAGCUUGUGUGAUGAGAAUGCCAUCUGCACCAACACCAUCAGAGGACACCUGUGUACCUGCAAGCCAGGCUAUGUGGGGAACGGCACCAUCUGCAGUGCUUUCUGUGAAGAUGGUUGUCGGAGUGGAGGGACCUGCGUGUCUCCAAACACGUGUGUUUGUCCUUCAGGAUUUACAGGACGCCGCUGUGAAACAGAUAUAGAUGAGUGUGCAGAGGGCCUGAUCAAGUGCCACAACCACUCCCGCUGUGUCAACCUACCCGGCUGGUACCACUGUGAAUGCAGAAGUGGUUUCCAUGACAAUGGAUCCUACCAGCUAGACGGAAGCUCCUGCAUUGACAUCGAUGAGUGCACUUUGCAGACACACACCUGCUGGAAUGAUAGUGUGUGUGUAAACCUCCCAGGAGGCUAUGACUGCAUGUGCACAACUGGUCCAGGCUGCAGCGGAAACUGCCCACAAGACGAAGUUAUAAGACGCAAUGGAGAAGACUGGAAACCCACCUAUGAUCGCUGCGCUCUGUGCUCAUGCAAGGACGGACAGACGUUCUGCAGGAGGAGACCCUGUGACUGUGCAGACCCAGAGGAGGAUCUGUUCUGCUGUCCCAGCUGUGACAACCGGCCCAGCAGUCAGUGUCUGGACCAGAGCGGACGAACGCUGUACCGCAGUGGAGCGUCCUGGAUGUACGGGUGCCAGCAGUGUCGCUGCAUGGAGGGGGAGGUCGACUGCUGGCCUUUAGUCUGUCCCGUAUUAUUAUGCGAGUACACGGCAGUGGCAGAGGGUGAGUGUUGCCCGCGCUGCGUCACAGACCCCUGCUUGGCUGACAACCUGUCGUACGACAUUCGGCAGACGUGCACAGACCCCACAGGUGUCACUCGCCUCAGCGGGGACACAUGGCAUAUGCCCAAGUCGCCCUGCACUACCUGCAAGUGUAAGAACGGGAACGUUUGCUGCUUGGUGGAGCUCGACUGCCUUCAGAACAACUGAAACUCAUUCCUCCUCUUCUUCUCACUACGGGACUGUCAUACGGCCUCCUCCAUCAGACAACCUUCCCACUGGAUCCAUAAGACAGACUUGCACACAAAAGUGUGCAUGACAGUGAGUGUACAGGAAGCACACACUGGGCAGACUUUGCGUGUCGAAGCGGCAUCCUUUUGCUGCAACUCUGACAGCGAGCGAGCGAGUGUGUGUGUGAGGCUCAGGAGAAGAUCUGAGGUCAUCGUCACACUAAGUGUUGUAUAUGUGUCUUUGUGUUUGUUUUUUAUCCCUUAAUGUCUCAAGAACAUGUGUACAAACUCUAACAAGCUACCACCGACAAGCAGGUGGUCACGUGUUUCGGUGCUCCAUGCAUCUGUACUUCUUAAAUAUUGGCUCACUCUGAAUUGGUCAUCUAAAGAAGAUAUCACAAAACAGGUUCACCUUUAAUGUUUUGUCUCAUUGAAAGAACUGGUAGUUUUAAUAAAACCACAGAAUCUGAAUAAUUUAACCUUUAACUGAUGUGAUGUGGAAUCAGUUUCCAGCCCGGCAUCAAGUUGUUCUUGUUGGUGAUUUUUCAAAUUUGAUAAAUGAUCUUGCUCCUAUUUUAUGCAUAGAAAGUAACAUUUUCUGAUGUUAACAUUUUUUUUUAAAAUCAUAAUGUGGUAAUCAAAGCUGCAUUGUAAUUAUAAUUUGCUGUCUUCUCAUCAUAAAAGUGACCACAACUUGUAUGUUAUAUAUUUAAUUUGAUCUUGCACUUUUCUGCUUGCUUUGCAGCUCCAAUUGACUGUAUGAAAGUAAACUCAUUAAUAAAAGACUACAAUAUCUUAAUGUUUAUAAAGCUGGAUAUUACCAACAUACAUUUUUGUUGUAGGUCUGCAGGUUUUUGGACCAAAAUGAAAACACUUCUCUGAUGGUUUUGAUCUGUUGAUGAUAUAGAUCUGCUUUCUUUAUUGGUUAGAAAAAUACCAAACACAGAAUAAACCACGUCCUUCCCAGUUUCCAGCUUCUGAACAGGGCCAUAUUUUUAAAAUAUUUUCCUCUGCAUCACUGUCAUCUCUCUAAUGAUGAUGAUGAUGACCAGAUGCUAACAUUUAACAACAGCACUCACAUUAUCAAUGCUGUGUGAUGUGUCAUUACCACUUCUUGCAGGUCAGAACAAACACCAGCCCAAGCUCUUGAUUAAAUCAGCGCAGCUUAGCGAUGGGCUGGACUUCUGCUGCAUCUCCCAGGGCGCCGCAUCCUCAGCACCAUAUGCCACAAAGAAAAGCAGAGGGACAAAAAAAGAGGGAAAAAAAGAAAGCUGGGGUAAUUAAAGCCAUGUCACGCAGCCCUGGAUUUGAGUAUGCCAAGAGGUCACCAAGUGUUGAAUCUGUUUACAGACAGCCAGGCUUAAUAAGGCGGCACAGUCCUGUGCUUUUACUGCUACAGUUCCGACACCUCCAUGCUUUCCUGCUCCCCUUCUAUGCUUCAAAGCCUCUCUCCAGUGUCAUCACGUUUGUGCAGAGUAAAUGUUUUCUCCAAAGUUUCAGUGUUGUUCUGGUUGCAGUGUACUCAAUUGCAGACCACCAGAAAUAAAAAAAAUUACACUAUCCGGGAUUUUUGGUAAAAGCACGCACUGUGGCAAAGGUUGCAAUCAUGGAACAACAACCAUGAUCACAUGGUUCGUUUCAGAUUUUAAUCUGUACGUGUAACUGCAGAUCAUAGUGUCUUGUUUAGAACAGGAAUUAACCUAAUUUCUAUUUGGUUUUAUCACUUCUUAAAAUGUAUUCAGGUGAAAGUCAGAUGUAUUGUUGCACUGAGGGGCACAGAUAUUCAUAAUGCUGGAAAUCGUGGUUAAACUUUAUAAGUAUUGUUUCACUGACAGUGAAUUGCAGAAGUACUUAGAACGCCAGAACUUUUCCAAAUAUAUAACAACCACAUACCUCAAUGCCUGUUACUGGGAUUUUAUCUGGUAGAGCAGCAGAAAAUGGUUACAAAGAUUUUAUGAGUAGAUAGACUUAGGCUCAAUAAACUUGAUGUAAAGCAUUUAUGCACAGCAGAUUGUAUUGCUUGAUAUAAAUUCUCUAUUUGGCCUUUGAAUGAGCCAUUCAAGAACAUAAACAUUCUCCGAUUCAAACCAGGUCAUUGUAGCUCUGACUGUAUAUCUAUUGUUUUCCUCCUACUUGAAUGUAAAGUUUUUUCAGGCCACAUUUUCCAAGAAGCUGCCAGUCAAACAGAGCAUGUUUAUGGUGUUACAUGUCAUUGAUUGUUAAUGUUCUCUUAAAAACAGAAGAACUGGAUUUAAACUGAGAUUAAGUUACACCACAGUGAACUCCGUCUACUAGGACACUUCUGAUGUCAACUAGCUGCACUGGAUUUUAUUGAUGGUUGCCAGAAUAAGGGAGGCUGAAUACAAAUUAAUUUCUCACUUUUCAAGUUUUCAUUUGUACAAAUGUUAAUUUCUAUUAUCUUAAUUGUUACUUGGGUUUGGAUUAUAUUUUGAAUUUACUUUUGAGCUACUUUGUGUUGACCUACCACAUAAAAUAGUAGCAGACUUUGAAGUUUGUGGUUGUAGUAUGACAACAUAUGGAAAAGUUUAACAGGUGUGAAUAGUUUGACAAGGUACUGUAGAUGAAGAUGCAUUUUAUUGAGUUGUUUGCACGAAUCAACUUCAUUGGCUUCUGCUAACUGUCUGUAGUUACCGAAAAAUAACUGUUGUUCUGCAAUUCAACCACCAUUCAAGCUUGUUUUGUUUUCCUGUACACCAUUUUGGAAAUCACCAGCAUGUUUGUCUCUUUCCACUAUUUCAUAACGCAAUUCACGUUGUAAAAAGGAAACUGUUCGUUGUGCAGAAAGCACACACACACACAAGGAAAUGCAUUUAAUGUGAAUUCUGUCUAUAUUAGUUGAAAGCAGAAAUUUGUACAAAAACUGAAUAAGAUUCCGAGAUUUCUCUGUUGACUGAUUUGAUAUAAAAUUACUGCUGUACUACACUAUUUGUAAGUCUGUGUGUAAAUGUUUUACAUACUGACAAAAUACAAAAAAUAUUUUUGUGUUCAUAGACAAAUUGUGUUACUUUAAGUUUACCGAUUUUUCUUUUGGUGUACAAGUUCAGUUUUGCUGUAAAUACUGUGUAAAUGGACGGGUACUGUAAAAAAAAUGAUUAUGUGAAUAAUUCUCACUACCACAGCUUCUUAGGAUCUGAGUGUUGUAAGUUAAAUAAGAGAGAAGCAACAUUUCUAUUGUUUUUACUAUUUAUUUAUUUUUAUAUUCUUGCCUUAACCCUUUUUCGUAUUCAUUAGUUUGUAUUUUUUAACUGUUUUAGGAUUUAACUUGUCUGAAUGUGUAUAUACAAAUACUUCAUUAAAACUCAACAGAAAUAUACUUUUGACAUAAUAAACAUGAACAUGCAGUUUUUUCAGGCAUCUUUUCCAGCUAUUAAGAUGAUGACAUGGACUUUUCCUUGAAUCAGUCUUUGUUUCCCUCCUCACCCCAAACAUAUUUCUGUAACCUGAACUGACUGAUCUGUUCACUUGAAUCACGAAAUUGAAUUGUAUACAUAUGUAAAAAAAGACGGUUACAAAAGAAAGCAUUUUGCUUGUUUUACUUGAUAUUAAGAGAUCAACAAUGUGUUUCUGCUUUAUUUAUUUAUUUUUAAAGAAAGCAGGUCCAAAUCUUCUAGCAAUUGAUGUGCUGUUUUUCAUAGAAGACCGCCAUGAAGAAAUCCACAGGUUUGCUCAUUGCCAGAUCAGAGUGCCCAAUGUAGUUUUACUCAAAGGGUUAAGUGUCAUUUAAAGACUGUGUUGUGAAAAGAAUUUGCUGUGAACUAAUUCUCCUGUUAAUAAAUACUUAAGUUGUUUACUUUA